UACAAGGGGGUGUACCCUAACCAUAAAUCAACCAACAAAGACACAGAUACACUCACACUGUUGACAAAUUAUCAUUUAGAGAGAAAUUACGCGUAUUUCUUCUCUCGGUAUAAUCCCUGAAAAAAUCGCUAAAUGGAUGAUAGCUUGAAGGUUCAAAUCUUCAGCAGAAAGCUGAUAAAACCAUCAAAUCCAACUCCAAGUCAUCUUAGAAGCUUCAAGCUUUCAUUGUUCGAUCAGCUAGCUCCUCCACUAUAUGUUCAUGUACUCUUCUAUUCCUUGCUUGAUGAAGAUCACAAUCGAGCCAAAAACGACGAGAGAUUUGCUCAAAUGCAGAAAUCCCUGUCCCGGGUAUUAUCCAAGUAUUACCCUCUAGCUGGCAGAUUCCUUAGAGAUGAACUCUUGAUUGAUUGUGCGGAUCAAGGAGUUGAAUACUUUGAGGCCCAAGUCAAUGGAGAACUUGUGGAGUUUCUUCAAGAAGGACCAGAGAUUGAGCUUCUGGAUAAAUUUCUGCCCUGGGAUCCUCCACCGUCGCCAUAUCUGGCAACAAGUCCACUAGUAGCUGUCCAAAUCAACAAGUUUGAAUGUGGAGGAGUAGUGGUAGGCAUCCAAAUUUCACACUUCAUUGCAGAUGCCAGUUCAAUGAUGACAUUCCUGAAGGAAUGGGCUAACAGCUGCACUAGCCCGACAGAGGUGUAUAAAGUGCUCAGUCCUAAUUAUAAUGACCACAUUGUUUCAAUCUUCCCGGCAAGAACACUAUCAGGGCCUAAACCCCGACCACCAGCCGACUACCCUGCUAAGAUAGUCACGCAGAGGUUCUUGUUAGAUGAAACGAUGAUAGAGAAGAUCAUGGAAGGAGCUGCUUUAUCUUGUUCAAAAUGUAAUUUUCAUCCAUCUAGAGUGGUGGUAGCGUUAGCACUGAUAUGGAGGGCCCUCCUAGGAGUAUAUCUAGAGUGGUGGUCGUUAGCACUGAUAUGGAGGGCCCUCCUAGGAGUAUGUCUUGCCAAACGUGGGCACUUCAGGGACUCAAUUGUUGCUAUUGCAAUGAACUUGAGGGGGAAAACAGCUCUAACAAUAUCAGAACCAAAUUAUGGGAACUUUUGGACCUCGGUUAUAGUUCCAUUGGAAGCGAAAAAUGCCAAGAUAGAGUUGCAGGAGUUGAUGAUAUUACUCGAUAAUAGAAUAAAAUCCACAAGUGAAAAACUUGCAACAGCUAGCCCUGAGGAUAUUUCAUCAAUGCUGAUCGACUCCCGCAGAGAGAUUAUUGAGAAACGUUAUCUGUCCGUUGGUAUAGAUGUUUACGUUUGUACCAGUUGGUGUAGGUUCCCGAUACAGGAAGUUGAUUUUGGUUGGGGAAAACCACAUUGGGUAAGUCAUGCAAGCAAAGCAUUUGAGGCGAUUGGUUUGAUGGAUGCCAAAAAGGGAGAGGGGCUUGAAGCAUGGGUAAGCUUGAAAGAGGAGGACAUGACCGAAUUCAAAAGAGAACUGGAAGUUUUAGUGCCAGUGCCCAAAUGAUAAUUCUAGCGUCCUUUAAGUUUAUACUGUUUGAUUAGCCACAUUUUACGGUAACAUCGAAUCUUGUUUUCCCGUCUUUUGUACUUCAGUUAUGGUGCUAAUAUUCUGAAAAUCAUGUUUAGAAUUU